GGGGAAAAGUUCAUCUGGACAAGACUCCAUCUAACACCAGAGCAGCUCAAGCCGCUGCAGCAGACCUACGACGACCUUUCGCAGAAAGCGCUUGACAAGCUCGACGAGAUUCUCCCUGUGCCAGCAAUCCCUGCAACACCUGCGAAGGACGACGAUAAGACGACCCCGACCAAAGAGGCUCGUGAGCGCAAGCCACAGAGAGAUGCAUAUAAGCUGCUUAAGCAGCACGCCGACGCCGCCGAGGAGAUCCGGGCGUUCUGGAAUCAGGUCAAUACAGUGCCGGACUGGGUGGACUGGGCACAGAUUGAGCGCGGGCAGAAGGUGUUCUGGCGAUAUGCCGGCGCCUCGGUGACUUCGCUCACAUAUCUCUCCUUACUCGGAGGCAUGGGCGGCGGGCGCAUCGUUGAGACGCUCGAUCGCACAGGCGGCUUCUCUGCAUCCGUUGUGCGCCGACGCCUCCUCGAGACGACACAACACACGCUCGACGUGCAUAAGAAUCUCGCAAGCAUCCAACCCGGCGGCCAAGGGUGGGAGUCCUCGGUCCGCGUGCGGCUGCUGCAUACCUCGGUCCGGCGGCGCAUCAUGCAGCUCGCCAAGGAGAAGCCAGACUACUUCGAUCUCGACAAGUUCGGCAUCCCGAUCAACGACCUCGACUGCAUCGGCACCAUCAACACUUUUAGCGCGGCCGUGGUCAACAUGGGGCUACCUAGGCAGGGCAUCAUCCUCCGCAAGCAGGAGGAGCUCGACUAUCUUGCGCUAUGGCGGUACGUGGCGUACAUCAUGGGAACGCCGCACGACUGGCUGUCGUCACCCGAGGAGGCAAAGGCCAUGAUGGAGAGCCUGGUUGUCUCGGAGAUCAUGCCGACCGACAAGUCGGGCAACCUGGCCAAUAACAUUGUCUUUGGCUUCGAGGGCAUCCCUCCGAUCUAUGCGUCGCGCGGGUUCCUGUACGCGCAGGUCUGGUGGCUGAACGGCGCCGAGCUGUCCCGGGCGCUGAAAAUCCCCAAACCCAGCAUGUUCAACACGGCGCUGGUGGCGAUGCAGUGCUGGCUGUUCAUGCUGAAUGGAUACAUAUCGAGGAGUGUCCCAUGGCUGGAUGAGAGAAAUAUCAAGAACAUGCGAGCGACGUUCUACGAGCUACUUGUAGACAAUAAGAACAAGGGCGGCCUGGGCUACAAGGCCAUGUUCACAUUCAAGUGGAUCCCGGACUUACUCAACCCUACGACCCCGCUGGGCAUCGUGGACGCCACGAGAGAGAAGAACUCUGGGCCGUGGAGGAAGAAUGGCGUCGAGCGGAUGCUGACAAUGCUGCUCGUGCUCACUAUUGCUUCUGGGUACGGGGCCGUUCUU